UCCCGCACACCGGGGCGGUCCCGCGGCCCCGCGCGCCCCGCCGCGCCCGGCAGGGGGCGCCCUCGCCCCGCCCGCCCGCCCGCCUGAGGGAGCGCGGAGCGGCGCGGGGAAGGAAGUGGCGGCUCCCGGUGCUGCCGGUGCGCGGGGCUCGGCUCGGCUCAGCGGGCAAAUCCGCGCGGCCGCCGUGCCACGGCAGUGCCGGCGUGGGGUUCUUCGCUUUCCCUGCUCCCUCCUCCUCCUCCUCCUCCGCAGCUGCGGCGGCCCGCCCGCCUCGCCUUCCCCCCCGCCUCCGCCGUCCCCGCGUCGCGGCAGCGCCGGCGGGCGAGGAGCUGCCCGCGCCCGGCCCGCCCGCGCCGGGGAUUAUGCCAGCGGUGCGCGGGCAUGCCGGCAGGCAGCGACCCGUAGGCAGCGGCAGCCGCCGAGCCGCGGCAGCAGCAGCAGCAGCAGCAGCAGCAGCAGCAGCAGCGGGAGCCGCGGCCGCCGCGCCGGGAGCAGCCGGAUGUUGACACAUGUGGACCAACAGUGACAUCCUUUUUCAGCAAUGCUGUCUCUGCUCCCUCCUGCAUUCAGAAGCAUCUAGAGAAAUUUUUUGCAGAAGGGAUUCUCGAUGCACUUCCUUGCCAUUAUUUAAGGAGCCUUUACUAAAAGCUUUUGGAUUGUGUUUCUGAGCCGACGAGAGAUUCUUGUAUCCAAAAUGCUCAUAAAGGAAUAUCGCAUUCCUCUUCCGAUGAGCGUGGAAGAAUAUCGCAUCGCCCAGCUCUACAUGAUACAGAAAAAGAGCAGAGAGGAGACAUGUGGGGAAGGCAGCGGGGUGGAGAUCCUGGAGAACAGGCCCUACGUGGAUGGCCCGGGGGGCAGUGGGCAGUACACUCACAAGGUUUAUCACAUUGGGAUGCACAUCCCCAGCUGGUUCCGCUCCAUCCUGCCCAAGGCAGCUCUGCGCGUCGAGGAGGAGUCCUGGAACGCUUAUCCUUACACAAGGACGAGGUACACGUGUCCUUUUGUGGAGAAGUUCUCUAUUGAUAUUGAGACGUACUACAAAACUGACCCAGGAGACCAUAGCAACGUGUUCAACCUUUCUGCUGCAGAAAAAAGACAAACCAUUCUAGAUCCUAUUGAUAUUGUUAAAGAUCCUAUCCCUCCCCACGAGUACAAAGCUGAGGAGGAUCCAAAGCUGUAUAAAUCAGUGAAGACUAAAAGAGGGCCUCUCUCAGAAGAUUGGAUUCAAGAGUACAAGAACAACCCUGGGAAAUACCCCAUCAUGUGUGCAUAUAAACUGUGUAAAGUGGAGUUCAGAUACUGGGGGAUGCAGUCAAAAAUCGAGCGCUUUAUCCACGAUGUUGGGCUGCGGAAGGUCAUGGUGCGGGCGCACCGCCAGGCCUGGUGCUGGCAGGACGAGUGGUACGGGCUCACCAUCGAGGACAUCCGGCAGCUGGAGAAGGAGGCCCAGCUGAUGCUGGCCCAGAAGAUGGCCCAGUUCUGUGGAGAGAAUGACCCAGAGCAGCACGGUGUCAAGGACACUCCUGGGGAGAAGGACGUGGAGCCCAGCACGGGCUCACCUGCAGACACCGAGGACGUCUCUGCCAACAGCGACGCGGCCUCUGGCAGGUCGCUCACCAAGCAAUGGUCCACCUCCUCCAAGUCCUCACGCUCUUCUAAGAGAGGAGCAAGUCCCUCGCGCCAUAGUAUCUCCGAGUGGAGGAUGCAGAGCAUUGCCAGGGAUUCAGAUGACAGCUCAGAUGAUGAAUUCUUUGAUGCACAUGAGGACUUGUCUGACAAUGAGGAAAUGUUCCCGAAGGAAAUAACCAAAUGGAGUUCCAAUGAUCUGAUGGAUAAAAUUGAAACCCCCGAAUGCGAUGAUGUCCAGGGUGACUUGUACCAGGAGACAUCAGCAGAGUACCACGUUGGCUCCAGUGUGGAGAGGCUCAGCAUCAUUGAGGAUGAAUCAGUGCAGCCAUUAAUGCAGCCAAGUAAAAUCCAUGUCCUCCUCUUGGUCCUCCAUGGAGGGAACAUCCUGGACUCAGGAAGUGGUGACCAGAGCUCCAAGCAAGGGGAUGUCAACACCAUCACAACUGUGUUUGACACGGUGAUGAGGGUGCAUUACCCAGCUGCUCUGGGACACAUUGCCAUCAAACUUGUCCCCUGCCCAGCCAUCUGCUCUGAAGCUUUUUCCCUGGUGUCCAGCCUCAGCCCAUACAGUUAUGACGAGGGCUGCCUGUCCAACAGCCAGGAUCACAUUCCCCUCGCUGCGCUCCCCCUGCUCGCCACGUCCUCCCCGCAGUACCAAGAAGCCGUGGCCACUGUCAUUGUCAGAGCCAACCAGGCCUACAGUGAGUUCAUCAAGUCCCAGGAGGGCACCUCCUUCAAUGGCCAGGUGUGCUUGGUAGGGGACUGUGUUGGAGGGAUCCUGGGAUUUGAUGCCUUAUGCUACAGCAAUCAGACCGUGUCCGAGAGCCAGAACAGCAGUCGGCGAGGGAGCGUUGUGAGUGUCCAGGAUACUGACCUUCUGUCUCCUGGAAUAACGGUGAACAACAGCCACUGUUCCAGUGGCUCUAAUCUGGAAGCCAGCAGACACCUCAGCAGGAGCAACAUUGAUAUUCCUCGUAGCAAUGGAGAAGAUCCAAAGAAGCAGCUGCCAAGAAAAAGAAGUGAUUCAUCCACUUAUGAACUGGACACGAUAAAGCAGCAUCAAGCCUUUCUUUCAAGUUUACAUUCUAGUGUCCUGAGAAACGACCCCACAUCCAGGCGAUCCAGCAGCUCCACGAUGCUGGAUGGAGGAAAUAUUGGGAAGUUUGACUUUGAGAUCACAGACUUCUUCCUCUUUGGCUCUCCCUUGGGUCUGGUGCUUGCCCUGCGGAAAACUGUAAUUCCAGCUCUUGACAUCUUUCAGCUCAGACCAGCUUGUCAGCAGGUCUAUAACCUGUUCCACCCUGCAGACCCAUCUGCUUCACGCCUUGAGCCUCUUUUGGAGAGGAAGUUUUACCUUUUGCCCCCCUUCAAUAUUCCCCGGUACCAGAGGUUCCCGCUGGGCGAUGGCAACUCUGCAGUUUUGGUUGAGACAAUCCAGAACAAUCCCAUCCUCCUCAUGGAAAGUAGCCCUCUGGGUGCUCUCCAGCACCAGGACAGCUUCAUGGAAACAAGUAUCCCCGUUCCCGUACUGAAUUGGCAAGAUGUUUCCAAUAAAAGUGCUGGUUGUGCUGAGUCAGAUGUUGUUCAGUCUCAUGGUGCCGUCUUCAUGGAAAACGCGUCCCUGUCCACCCCCAUUUCAGCCCCUCAGUUCAGGGGCUUCCGGAGAGCCAGUGAGAUCAGCAUUGCCAGCCAGGUCUCAGGAAUGGCAGACAGUUACACAGCUUCCAACAUAGCCAACAAAACCAAACACCACCUUAAUCAUUGUAGGGGGUUUAGCCUUCUAUCCCAACUUGCCCUCCCUCACAAAUCCCCUACCCAAACCUCGUUCAGGAGGCGUAGGCAGCAUAAACACGAAAUCCCUGCCAAGGGAAGGAAGCUCCAAGGGCCACGGAGCCGGGCUGCAGGCUGUGCUCUUCGGAUACCAGAGCUGGACAUCAGGACAGUUGCUGCCAAGUGGUGGGGAACCAAACGGAUCGACUACGCGCUGUACUGCCCCGACGCCCUGACGGCGUUCCCGACCGUGGCUCUGCCUCACCUCUUCCACGCCAGCUACUGGGAGUCCACGGACGUUGUGUCCUUCCUGCUCAGACAGGUGAUGAGACACGAGAACUCAAGUGUUUUGGAGCUGGAUGGGAAGGAGGUGUCUGUCUUCACCCCCUCCAAGCCCCGGGAGAAGUGGCUCCGCAAGAGGACGAAUGUGAAGCUCCGGAACGUCACAGCCAACCACAGGAUCAAUGACACCAUUGCUAAUGAAGACGGGCCCCAGACCUUAACUGGGAGGUUCAUGUAUGGUCCAUUAGACAUGGUCACCCUCACAGGAGAGAAGGUGGACAUCCACAUCAUGACCCAGCCACCGUCGGGGGAGUGGGUGUACUUUGACACGGAGAUCAGCAACAGCAGUGGCAGGAUUUCCUACGUGAUCCCCGAGGAGCGGCGCCUGGGCAUCGGCGUCUACCCCGUCAAGAUGGUGGUCAGGGGUGACCACACGUUUGCUGACAGCUACAUCACGGUGCUGCCCAAGGGGACGGAGUUUGUGGUGUUCAGCAUCGACGGCUCCUUCGCAGCCAGCGUGUCCAUCAUGGGCAGCGACCCCAAGGUCCGCGCCGGGGCCGUGGACGUUGUGAGGCACUGGCAAGACCUCGGCUACCUCAUUAUCUAUGUCACGGGCCGCCCUGACAUGCAGAAGCAGAGGGUGGUGGCGUGGUUAGCACAGCACAACUUCCCCCACGGCAUCGUGUCCUUCUGCGACGGGCUCGUUCACGACCCGCUGCGGCACAAGGCCAACUUCCUCAAGUCCCUCAUCACUGAUCUGCACAUGAGGAUCCACGCAGCGUAUGGAUCCACCAAGGACAUCUCCGUGUACAGCUCCAUCAGCCUCCCGCCCACGCACAUCUACAUCGUUGGCCGACCCACCAAGAAGCUGCAGAGCCAGUGUCAGUUCAUCACGGAGGGCUACGCGGCGCACCUGGCGCAGCUGGAGUACAACCACCGCGCGCGCCCCGCCAAGAACACCACGCGCAUGGCGCUGCGCAAGGGCAGCUUCGGGCUGCCCAGCCAGGCCGACUUCCUGCGCAAGAGGAACCACCUGCUGCGCACCAUCUCCUCCCAGCCCGCGGCCAGCGGCGCCGGCCACCGGCCCGAGCGCACCCAGAGCCAGUCGGACGGCGACAAGGACAGGGACAGGGAGCGCAGCCAGAGGAGCAUGAGCAUCGCCACGGGCUGCUGGGGCCGCAGCGCCGCCUCCCGCCUGGAGUCUGGCCUCUUGGGGCAGAAGUAGCCAGGCCAGAGCAGGAUUGUCAGCUGCAGCCACCGGAGGAGAAAACAAAAGGAAGGAGGGACGAGGCCAGUGUUUCGGGCUGGAAGGGUGAAUAUGGUGCUACUCUAAUAACACGGUGUUCUGGGAAGAGACGAGAUGGUUCCCACGCAGAACGUGCCGGCCUUGCAGCGGGAGCGUCAGGUUUGUGCGGCAGGAGCCCGAGGAACAGCUGGAAAUCGGGGGGAAGUCUCCAGAUCAGGACGGCGCUCUCUCCUGCCUCCUCUCUCUCAUCCAGGGUCAGACUGUAAAUACUGUGCCUCCUCCUCGCCUUGUCAGCCAUCGCUCCAACCGAGUGCUGUCCUCAGAGCCACGGGAACAGGAGCUGGGGAAGCUUGUUUGGGGCUGUCCCGGGAGUCAGACCGGGGCUCUGGGGGUGGGGAACGCGCCGCUCCCCCGGCCCAGAGAGGGGUUUGUCGUGGGCUGUGCCAGGCAGAGCGACCGAGAGCUUUUCCUGGACAGAGAGCUCCACGUGCAGCCACUUUCUGGAGGAGCUGGUGCAGUGCAAAGCUGAAGCUGCAUCGAUACCCUUGGCAGAGGCAGAAUGUCGGCAGAAUUGUGCCCAAGACAAGCGGGGUCGUUAUUGUUAUUACUGUUAUUUUUUAAAGAGACCUUUUAGAAGCUGAUGGAAUUUAAUGUGUUGACUAUUAAAAGAGGAACACAAGCUAUUUUGUUUGAGCUGUUACAAACCUCAGACACUUAAUUUGCUGUUAAAGUCUCCAAAUAGUCUCACUAUGUAUUAUUUCCAACAAGUAACCACCAUAUAUUUGGAAGGAGCUGAAGGCACUCAGCAGCUGGAUUGCAUUGCAGUUCUUCUCAUCCAAAUGCAGGGUCUGACUCUCUCAACACCCACCUCUGAGACCUUUUUUCUUCCCAGGUUCUCUCCAAGUUCAGUAGCAGCUUUCAUGGGAACUAGACUUGCUUCUUUUACCUAUAGUUACUGAACUGUAAAACCUCAUUGUUUUUUGCACUGAUGAUUUUUAGAAUGGAAACCUGUUACCAUCUCAUGUAGCUACACCAGUGUCUGUAGUGCAUGACAAUGAAAUAUUGCUAAGCCAGGGUGUGUGUGGAUAUCUAUACAUACACACACACACACACAUAUAUAUAUAUAUAUGUAUAUAUUUAAAAAAAACACAAACAAUCUGUGCAGAAGUUUUUCCAGCAGUAAGGAGACUGUAAGGAAGUGUGCCAACAAUGUCAGGCAACCUUAAGAAAAGGCCAUAUCUUAAUUUUUCUGGUUUGUUUCUCAGUGGAUGUGCCUGAGGCGCUGGGUUUGUGCUGCUGGAGCGAGCUGGUGGGCGCGUGGCAGAGGGCUGGCAGCUGGUGACACCCAGACAGGGACAGAGAACAGUGCCUGCAGCCAGGGCUUGCCAAAAAGCCCCUCAGUCCUGUCCCUCCCGGGGCCAGUGAAGGUUCCCUCCUUGCACACACCUCCUGGGGCAGAGGGGCACCCACACAGGGGGUUCUGGGGUGCCCAUUCACAGACUCCAGUUGGCCUCUUCACAUGGAGAUUUUAUAAUCCUACCGAGCUCCCCGACUGUGUGUAAAGCUCCCUGCUUUCCCCACCACACUUUCCUGUCUUUAUAUCACUUUCUACUUACGAGGAUCUUAUUUAUAACAGAGAAUUUUUUAGACUGGCUGCUUCAUUUUCUUACCAGUUUCAAUAAGAACGGUGCAGGACGGCCGCACUGAGAUACACAGCACUGUGAACGCUGCUCUGCUCACUGCUCUGGGCCACGGCAGACAAAUCAACUCAUCCAAUCAUUGUUCGUGGUGUGGAGGGUCCAGGCCGAGGCAGAGCAGGGACAGUGCAGAGCUGCCACCGGCCCCAGGAGCGCUCAGACCCGACUGCAAAAUGACUUCUCUUUGGUAAUUAGCCAAUUACAGAAUGUACCUGGUGACUUUUUGUUACUGGAAACUGACUUCCCUUUCUGCUGACUCAGCUUGGCUCUCUCUGAAUGUACAUCCAGAGCUUUUACUGGGUUUGAAAACAAUGUGAAUUUGUCCCAGCUUUUUGCUAACCGAAUGUUCUAUCAAACAGAUGCCAUCUGAGUAGGAAGCCAAGCCACAAUCCAUCCUGUGAAGUCACCAAACCGCAUCACUAAAUAAUUUCUGCAAAUUUGGAUAUGGCCUUUGCAAAAUUCACUUUUCCUCCAAGUCCAGAACCGAGGCAUGAUCUGUACAUUUUCCAGUGUUGAUGAGAUGUUCACAUUUUCUUAUGUGUAGAUAGUGUAAAACAGAGGCGAAUGUAAAUGUUCAACAUAAAAAGUGGAUAUAUAAAAUCGAAAGUUAUUUAUUUAUGUAGAGGAAAAAAAAUGUCUGGAGGGACUGGAACCUUCAGGGUUUAUUAAUAUUUAAAAAAUGUAGCUUUUUGUUUCAGGCAUUAUGUACAAAGCAAUUAUUUUAUGGACCAAGUUUAAUGUAACUGUCAAUGAAUGCAGAAGUGCAAUAUGAUACUCACCCUCUCCAUCACUUCAUGUUUCCAACAGCUCCUAACCAGUUAGCCUGACAAUCACAGCACCUCUGUCCUCAUCCUCUGUGAGCUUCUUGAACCUUUCUCUGGCCCCCCAUCUGCUGCCAUUGUACGGAUCCAACACGGAGAGGCAAUUGUAGAGCAGGACCUUUAUUGCUGCAAUAAUACCUGGGGAGGUGGGUGUAGUCACCAGGAAAUAAUGCCAGUAAGUUUUUCUUCACCGACUCAGUCCAUCCCCAUCUCCAUCACUCAAUCCUCAGCCGCCCCCAUCUGGCACUCAUCCCUCUGAAGCAGAGAUCAACACUCACAGAACAAUAGCAAUAGUUUCACUCUGUGUUUAUAUCCUGUUUGUCCCAAGCUGUUUUGGAGAGCAAUGCAUGUGACCCGAUGCCUUUCCCCAUGUCUGGAAGAGGAUCCGUUUGGACGUGGUGAGGGAAAGAUGAAUGUAUAUUCCAUCCUUAGUAAAGGGGCACUUUCAGGGAAAAGACCUGAUUUAUCCUUGUUAUGAGUAACUUGUUUGCUUUGAAAGGAGAGAAUGGGAAGUUUCUUGUCCUCCUCCCUCUGCCGUUGUCUGGGCAGCCCUCGGUGACAGCCCACGUCCUGUUCUGCACAUCAGCACAACACAGCCUCGGGCUUUGGGGCUGCUUUUCUGUUUCCAUGGGAAUCAAACUCUGCUGCAGAGCUCAGAUUUUUUAUGAAAAGCAGCUUUUUAUAUUACUGCACCCUUAGGCCAGACUUUCUACCUGACGCUGUCCCUUUAAAGUCUUUUAAGAAAUCAAUGAGAGGAGCCCGUGCAUUCCCUCCAAGUCGUUUUCCUAAGUUUGCUCAGAUCACUCAGUCAGAUGAGGCAAAAUCCUAAUACCAAAAAUUGUUUACAGAGUCAGGGGCAGGAGCCCAGAGCAGGAAUCAGCCAAAGGGUCACCACCACCACCCUCCCACCCGCCCAGCAGCCGCCGUGCUUGCUGUAGCAGCCCCUUCUUCAGGUAUCGCCACUGUUUGCUGCAUUUCCUAUUAGUUCUAGAAGCCUUACGGUCCCCUCCCUCUGCCUGUUGAUACCCUCGACUGUCAAUUUUAUAUUCCAACAAUGUUAGUUAUAUUUUAUUUAUAAAAAAUUGCUCUAGGGGUACCAGCUGUGCGUGGGGAAGCAGCGGGGGGGAUGCCCGAGGGCGCCGGCUCCGCCCCGCCUGUGCCGUGCCGAUGACUCGCUUGUGUGUGGCAAACCUUCUGUACAACUUCCUUCUCCUCCUUGCUGUUAGUGCAUCGUUCCAAUGCCUGGUGUGCUUUGUGUACAGUAUCAUUGUGAGUUACACAGAUUAAAGAAAUGGGAAGGCU